CACCACACGAUGAGGACCCAAAGUAUGACACGAGCUUCAUGGACGCAUUAUUUGCAACGCUGCCAGAAGGCCGUGGCGAUCACGGCUCUAACAUUGCUACACGCCGUAAUGACUCACCCAUUGCCACACGCCACAAUGUUUCCCCCAUUGCCACACGUCAUAAUGGUUCCCCCAUUGCCACACGCCUUGCAUCGCUUAUGAACAUAUUCAGUGAAAACGAUGCUCAACGCGAUGAGCGUGUUGAUCCACCACACGAUGAGGACCCAAAGUAUGACACGAGCUUCAUGGACGCAUUAUUUGCAACGCUGCCAGAAGGCCGUGGCGAUCACGGCUCUAACAUUGCUACACGCCGUAAUGACUCACCCAUUGCCACACGCCACAAUGUUUCCCCCAUUGCCACACGUCAUAAUGGUUCCCCCAUUGCCACACGCCUUGCAUCGUUAUUCAGUGAAAACCUACCUGGUGGCCGUGUCGACAAAUCUCCUACUGAUGCACGUCGCAGUGGAUCCAGCAUUCGGCCAGAGCGCAUCGGUUCCCGUGUUGCUCGAGGUCGCAGUGGAUCCCGAUCCCCUACUGUUACACAAUGUGACUAUGCCAAUGCCUUUAGCCAGAACCUACCUGAUGGCCCUGCAGCGUUCAAUGGCUCGCUGGCUGUACCCAUGGAACGCAACAUGGACUCCAUGAAUCCAAUGGAUCCACACUUUCACACCCAAACAUCGAAUCAAGGACGUCGUCUCUUAAACGCUGAACCCUGGCCCGACUAUCAUACAAAUUACGAUGCCAAUCGCAGCUAUCUGGAAUUCAAUGGGGAUCGCAGAUCCCAAAACUUUGGUGGCAAUCGUAGCUCCCUAAAUUCUGAAUGUGGGAAUCGCAGCUUCGAGGACUUCAAUGCCAAUCGCAGCAGCUAUAAUUUCGAUGCCAAUCGCAGCUUCGACAAUUACAAUGCCCAUCGCAGCUUGGAGAAUUUCGAUACCAGCCUGCGAAGCUUCGAUGGCAAUCGCAGUUCCUUUUACUCAACUGCUUACCUAAGUGGCAACGAUUCUGGAUUUAUUACCGAGCGUUCAGGCUAUGGAGCUAUGGAACGUCGCAACUUUGGCAACUUUGGCGGCUCAAACGAUGCUCUCAAUCAAGGCUACAGUCAUCGUGGAAUCAAUUCGCUGCUCACUUUACCUCUAACAUUGGGCAGCAAGCGCACGGCAAAUAAAUUUGAAGUGGAGGAUCGCUGGUCAGAGAAGCGCUCAUGUCUUGAAGAGACACCUGCCUUCUUUCGUGUUGGUAGCUACAAAUUGAAAUAUGCAAGCCAUAUUUCGGGCCUUAUGCUGCCCCAGAGGGAACAAUCAUCUCACGCUGUGCGUUUCUUCAAGAAGUAUCCCAUCUAUCGCAUUCGCUCGAAUAAUUCCAAGAUUCCAACCUCAUUGGAGUGCAACUUCAUCGAAGCCGAGGAUGUGGCGGAUGGCGGUCCAGAGAUUCGCCACACCAUAUCCGAGGAGUGGAAGACGGUUUAUCGCGAGAAGGGCUACCGCGCGUGGGGCAGUUGGUGGAGCGACUUUCGCAAUUGCGGUGCUGCCAUACGCCAGGAGCUGGAUCGUUUCGACGGCUUCGAUGUGAAGAAGAACUUUCAGCCGCCCGAAGGCCCCAUCGAUUCGGAGGAAUACCUUAGCUUGGCCAUCUCUGCUUUGAAGCAGAACAACAUCACGUAUCUGAAGAACAUGCGAGACAUUUAUCGUCUUAUGGAUUUUACUGUCUUGGAGAAUCUGACCGCUGACGCGUCUGGGCAUCUGCAGGAUAUUAUACGCUUCAUUCCGAAUCAUUUGUGGCGCUACAAGAUGCGCGGCAUGGUGUAUCUCUGGACCUGGUACCAAAAGAUGGCCAACUGCGAGAACUCCGACGAUCAGACGCUCCAGGCCAUAAUGCCUUUGUGGAACAAUCCGAUUCUCCAUUGGCUGGCCAAGCAGGCCUUCGACGAGUUGAUUGCCAUGAGCAAUAUCGAGUACAAGAAAUUCAAAGAGGAAGUUUCCCUUGGUCAACCCAAAGAGAUCAACGAUCCCGACCAAGAGGAGCAGGCUUGAAUUUCUCAUUGUUUCAACUCUGUUUUAUCCAUUUAAUCAAAUAUAAUUUAACCAAUCA